UGUGUGCCAGUACAGCUCGGGCCAGCGUGAGGGAGGGAAUGUCAGUGGCACCUCCUCCCGUGGAAAAACUCGAUCUUGGCCCUCUCCGACGUCACUCUCAUUGAUUCCCAAAUCUUAAAAAACAACAAGCAUUUAUCGGUCCGAAAGCGUUUCAGAAUGGAUUAUUAGAUUCGAAUGACGUCAGAUAUAUAUAUCCCUCCCUCUCUGUUCUCACUCCGUCGAUUUUUUUUUUUUUUUGACGUGGAAUAAAUGACAGAUGAAAAUAUGGUCUGUGACCGAGUCCCUUCGAUUGGUCUGACCCGUUAAAUAAUAAAAAAAAUAAACAUCAAUGACGAUGAAGAAGAAAUGAACGAAAAAGGGUAGUUAACUGAAGUUUGAACUUAAAAGGCUUUCGGAACUGGCUUUAACUUACAGAGAAAAAAAAAGAAAAAAGAAUCCCGAAACAAAACGAAGAAUGAGUUGACACCAAAGGGAAACCGAGCUCACCCAGACCCGAGUACGAAGGGAAGGAGGAAGGAGAUGCGAGCAAACAAACUCCGUAAGAAUGCCAUCCUGUGACUGUAUGUGCGUCCCAGGACCUCCUCCUCUAUACCAGGGUCCUCUUGACUACAUCUCCGCUAACUACAUCGCCGGCAACAUGCUCAGCCUGCGCGACCACCGAGUGCAACCGAACUGUACCCAGGAGCUUGAACACGAGGAAGUGCACUGGGCGGUGUACCAGAUAGUGUUCCCGGUGUUGGUGUCCAUCGGUGUCCUCGCUAACCUGCUCAACUUGGUGGUGCUCUCCCGUCCAGCCAUGAAGGGCGUGUCCUAUAGAUAUCUGAACCAUCUGGCCGUGAGUGACCUGAUGUACCUGGUGUUCAACGUGCCGUUCUGCCUGGAGGCCUUCUCGAAGAUCUCCCAAGAGAUGCCCGUGCCCCGCCCAGCAGCCUUCUACUACGCCCACGUGGGCAUCCCCCUCGUCAACCUGUUCCUCACCAUGAGCGAAUACAUCGUGGUGUGGCUGUCGUACGACCGCUGUCUGGCCGUGUGCCGUCCUCACAAGUUCUCCUCCAAGCAGCGCCUCGAGGUGGUGCGCGUGCGGUGCCUCAUGUCGCUCGCGCUCACCAUCUGCGUGUACAGCCUGAGCCCGCUGAGCCAGACCAUCUGCUGCGAGGAGGCCGACUGCUGCGUCAUCGACAGCACGUUCACGAAGGAGUACGUGAACUGGUACACCGCGUACGAGCUGUUCAGGGAAAUCUACUCGCGUUUCCUGCCCGCCAUCAUCAUCACCUGCUUCAACGCCGCCAUCAUUUACACGCUGAGACAGCUCAAGCGCGAGCGCGAGGGCCGCGACAUCAUCAACGAGUCCCGCCAGGAGAGAGAGCGGCGACUCUUCUUCCUCCUGAUGGCGAUCACGGUCUUCUUCUACGUCUCCGCCAUUCCUAGCGCCAUGUACAAGAUCAUACAGUUCAACGACGUCUUUCCGAACUUCAGAGCCGUGGCUGACAUCCUCGAGGUGUCCGGUCACGUGUUCAACUUUGUGCUUUAUUUCCUCUUCAGUCCCGACUACCGAAGAACACUAGUUGGCAUGACGACGGGGCAGCCGCAGAUGACUGUGCAGACGUCGUCAUUCCAUGCUUAAAAACCACCUCUAGGGAAUACACCAAAGCCUAUAAGGGCAAAUUCCUAAUGUAUAUAAAGUGAAACAAACGCAUAAGGAAAUAUAUUUCAUGUUGAAUUUAGAUAUAAGUGAGAUAGAAAUAUUCCUAUAUUAUUUAAAAAUAUGUCUAGGAGCAUGUAUAUGUUACUUAGUGAGUGUAGCAGUCUGACUUUGUUGCAAGCGACGCAGGCACACUGAGCCCAUUGUUCAAGAUUGACGUGCUUGUUUUGCUGCACAUAAAAAAAAAUCUAUUACUUUUCUCUAUCCUUCAAAAUUGUCUAGUUUUAUAUAUUUCGCCAUGCCAAUAGGAAACUGUAACCGCCAAACUUCUCAGGACACUGAACAUUACCUGUAGAUGAGGAACAACCAUCUCGAUCUUGGACAUAUGUGACUGCCUCUACUGUAACUAAGUUUAUAAGGGCUGUUUAUAUAACGCACUUCAGAGAUGGCGUAGGCAUACAAUGCCUUUGGCACUGAACUUCAGAGAUUCGGGAAUGUAAAACAUAGUUUCAUCCUGAACCCUUUCUGUAUUGUUCGGC